UCCGGCCCUGCCCCUUUAGUCGUCCACGCACUGGCUGGCUGCUUUCGACAACAAUAACACCAGAGAAUAAGACACUUUGAGUGGAAUUGUGAAAGUGACUGCAGGGGAGAAAGAAAAAAAAAAAAGCGAAGGGAGAACUUUUCAACAUGACACGUCAGAGAGUGGGCAACUCGUGAAGCGUACCUGGCUGCUGCCAGCCGUCCGCCCGCCCGCCGUUGCCAAGGUUUCCGUGUACGCGCUGCCUUGCGUGCCUGCGCGCGCGCGCGCCACACGCCAUUGGCAGACAUGGCGGCGGACCUCCAGCCCGAGUGGAUUUGCGGUCUGCCUCGUUCCUGGAGUUAUGGGCUUACUCGUGACGGACGUGUCUUUUUCGUCAACGAAGAAGCCAAGAGUACAACCUGGCUGCAUCCCCUGAGUGGCGAGGCGGUCAUAACCGGACACAGGAAAACUCCAGAUCUACCCACUGGAUGGGAAGAAGGAUACACGUUUGAGGGGGCACGAUGCUUCAUCAACCAUAAUGAGCGAAAGGUGACUUGCAAGCAUCCCGUUUCAGGCUCGCCAUCUCAAGACAACUGCAUCUUUGUCAUCAACGAACAUGUGUAUUGUGGAAAAAUGUUUCAUCCAACAUGUAGCAGAUCUGCUGCCAAAGUACCAGUGAAUGAAAAGAAGGAACAGCCACGAAGCACCAUGAGCGAGGUCGCCAACAACACAGGCGGCUCCGACUGUGCCGCAAACCAAGCCAGUGCAGCAGCAAGAGCAUCUAGACCUCCUAAAAAGCUUCAUAAUUUUGGGAAGAGAUCAAAUUCUAUUCGGAGAAAUCCCAGUGCUCCGGUUAUAAAGAGGAACUGGCUUUAUAAGCAGGACAGCACAGGGAUGAAGCUGUGGAAAAAGAGGUGGUUUGUGCUGUCGGACUUGUGUCUCUUCUAUUACAGAGAUGAAAAAGAGGAGGGCAUACUUGGCAGUAUACUCCUACCAAGCUUCCAUGUAUCCAUGCUGUCUGUUGAUGAUCACGUCACAAGAAAGUAUGCCUUCAAGGCGACACACCCCAACAUGCGGACAUACUACUUUUGCACUGACACAGCCAAAGAGAUGGAGUCCUGGAUGAAAGUGAUGACCGAUGCCGCACUUGUGCAUUCCGAGCCUGUUAAAAGGUUGGACAAGCUAAAAGUGGAACAGUGUGGACCUCAGGAGCUUAAUAACAUAGCCAAUCACGAGCCACCAUUGACACAGCCUGAAGUUGAGAACGAGCGCGACCGCGAGGUGGACCGUGAGCAUGCGUCGGUAGAGGACAGGAAGCAGCGAGACGCCGAGCGCUAUGGCUUCCGGAGAGAUGGUGCGGACCCUAAUCGCCCUCUCACCAAGAUCAACAGUAUCAAAAUGCCGCCAGCCCAAGCAACAGCUGUCACGGUCAAGCUUGCAGUACCACGGACCCCGGCAGAGAUAGAUGGCUCACACCACAGUCCCCAGGUCAAUGGAGCUGGCGAACCGGGUCCAGCUGACCGCACUGGAGUUCUUCCUCAGCGAAGUCCAAACUACGAGCCAGAACGGACUUUGAGUAGGACCAACUCGAUGCAGCAACUGGAGCAUUGGGUUCGCGCACAAAGAGGACGCACCCCGGAUGAUGACACCAGAAGCAUCACAUCAUACCAGACACUCCCAAGAAACAUGCCAAACCAUCGAAUGGCCCAUGUGGCUCAUUAUGGUGACGGUUACCGCAGUAUGCCCAGAAAUAGCAUGGCACAGAGGGACAGCAUCUGCAGCAUGUCACCGUCAUUGUACGACCAAGCCUUGGGUCCCUCGAUAGCUGACAAGCGCCACUCCAUGCGCUCUGACACCAUGUGGCAGCUGUAUGAGUGGCAACAACGACAGGCGUACACCAGACCGCCAGGGCUCUAUGCCCCUAUGGCCAGCCCCAAAACCAUGAUCAACCUUUCAGAGCACGCUGCGUCAACCUGCUCCAUCCCACCCUCGCCCUCCCAUGGUUCCCUGUCAAUGUAUGGUGGCUACUCUCAGCCGCGACCAUACAACAUGAGCAGCGCCCGCUCUGAGAUCGCAUCUCCCAUCUACCAAAGGGACAUGAGUAUCAACAGGCGGCAGAGGCACCAAAUCCCUAAGUAUGCCUAUGCACCUGAUAGGAGGUCAAUGCCCGUAGGAAUUCCAGUCCAGCCGAUCACUGCCCAGUCUGUCCAAGGCAAAAGUCCAGAGGAACUGACUUUGCUUCUGAUAAAGCUGCGUCGGCAGCAGGCAGAGCUAAACGGUAUCCGGGACCUCACACUAGCACAGCUUACGCAACUUAACAUGGAUGGCGACAACCUAAAGAACGAUGCUCUGUCCCAUCAUCUCCAACGGACUCUAAUGUAUUUGGACAAUCAGAUGAAGGAAAAUGACCCUUUAAUCUUCGUGACUCACACUUUGAUUGAGAACUCGGCCCCAAGGCCUCAACUUUACAAGCAACUUAGCCCAGAAGACCCGAGAGAACACAGCGACAUGCCGGAAGAGGAGGACAUUGAUACCAAACUUAGCCAAUUGUGUGAGCAGGAUAAAGUGGUGAGGACACACGAGGACAAACUUCAGCAGCUGUACAGAGAGAAGCAUACUCUGGAGACAGCACUGCUGUCAGCCAGCCAGGAGAUAGAAUUGGGCUCAGACAACUCUGUUGCCAUGCAGAGUGUUGUCCAGCAGAGAGACUUACUGCAGAGUGGCUUGCUUAGCACCUGCAGAGAGCUGUCCCGGGUCACAGCUGAAUUGGAGCAGUCAUGGCGUGAGUAUGACCACCUUGAAGGAGCUGUGAUUCUAGCAAAAUGCAACCUGCUGGAGCAGCUUGAAGCACUGGGCAGUCCACAGACUGAACCUCCUAGCCAGCAGCACGUGCGCAUCCAGAAAGAACUGUGGCAGAUCCAAGAUGUGAUGGAGGUCCUCAAUAAACAUAAAAACCAGAGAAACACGGAUGCCUCCAUGGGCUUGUAUGGGCCCAACUUCGGCGUGCAGAAAACAGAGGAGGAGGACUUGGUACCCCCACGGCCACCUUUACCCCAGUCAUAUGAGCCCAACCCCUCAGCAAUGCCCCCUCAUGCCGGAGUUCGCUCGGCAUCCCUCCACAGAACAGAGGACAGGAAGACCAGUCAGAAGAAUGGCACACACAGCGGGCCGGACUACCGACUGUACAAGAGUGAACCAGAGCUCACCACAGUAACUGAAGUGGACGAGAGCAAUGGAGAGGACAGGUCUGAACACCCGUCUGAUCAUCCUGCAAAUAAAGGGCUGUCCUACCCAGUAGGCAUUGUUCCACCUAGAACCAAAUCCCCAGUGCCUGAAUCAUCCUCCAUAGCCUCAUAUGUUACUCUAAGGAAGAAUAAGAAGCCAGAGUCCAAAACAGAGCGUCCACACAGCGCCAUGGAGCAUCAGCUGUGUGCGCUGGAGAGCGGUCGGCCCAGGAUGAGUGUGGAGGAGCAGCUGGAGAGGAUUCGCCGCCACCAGCAGGGUGCCCUCAGGGAGAAGAAAAAGGCCAUCCGCAUCCGGGGCAGCAGCGAGGAGAAUGCGCUGUCCCGAAGCAAUUCAUUUACUAAAGACAACCAUUCACGCGAUGUGCAGUCUCAAAUGAGGCGUAGAGAAGAUGUGAUGAGCACCGAUAUUCUGGCGCUAGAGGCCUCACUUAGGCAGCAGGAGGUGGUGAGGGAGCAGGAGACGCCCGCCGAGGAAAUAGCACGUCUCAAAGAAGCCUCAAACUUAGACCGCUUUAAUGUGGUUCGAGAACUAUCUGUGCCUGAAAAAGUCCUGAUACCGGAACGCUACGUGGAGUCUGACCCAGAGGAGGCACUGAGCCCAGAGCAGGAGGCUGACAAGCAGAGGAAAGUUGACCGCAUCAAAGCCCUCAUUGCCAAAAACAGCAUGCAGAAUCCAAUGCCCACCGUAGCGUUAAGCCCAGUGGAGACUGAAGAGGAAAUUACAAUCCAAGAGAAAGAAAAGAUGAUUAAUAUUUCUUACGAGCUGGCAGCAGAGGCCUCCAAACGUAGCAAGCUGGUCGCAGUGAAAAGCCCAUCGCCAUCUUCCCCACUCCCCCCACCAUCUCCUAACACCCCGCCUCAGCUCGCUGACGGUUCUCACUUCAUCACAAGCUCUGGCCUCAGUCAAAACGUACACAUGAAGGAAUUAGCAGUGGACACAUAACCACGGACACGAGCAUCCCCGAGGUCUUAACCUAACCUGCGUGUGAUCACUGUGACAUCUGAAGCACCCUCCAUGUUGCCACAACCAAUAACAUUUCAUUUCUUUGGGACUCUCCUACUGCUUUUGUUUUGUUCUUAACAUUGGAAAGUUGUAUCUACCCUUUUUAAUUAUUUAUAUAGAUUAACAGGUAUUCUUCGAUCUUUUGGUUGGUCUGUUAUUAUUUAAGCAUUCAUAUUUAACCAUUUACAGUGGAAAUAUUUGCUGCUUGGUAAUUUGAGCAUAUAAAACAUAAUGAACAGAAGCCCCACUUUGGUACUACAGACUAAUUUGAUUCCUGUUUCUCUGUUGUAAUUAUUUAAAAUGACACGCUGCAGUCCAUGUUAAAAUACUGUUGUAUGGAUGUUCUGGUUUAAGUCUCUCUAGACUUGUUUUUUGUAAUUGCUGAGAGUUAUAUUUAAGAUA